AACCGACCCAGGAUGAGAGAGCGCGUGUGUCGCUCGCGCGUGGGUGUUGAAGCGAAGACGCGUGAGCGACGCGACCAGCUCGGAUUCCGCUCGGCUAGAAGGAAGGAGUUGCCACUCAGUAAUGGAUGCCACUAAAGGUAAAGACAAAGCAGGUAAAGGAGAUCAAGGGAUGCAGAAUCCAGGUGGGCAGAUGGACAAACCUGUCAGCUUCCACUUCUUGGAAAGCAUGCUUCCCAAAGUAGUGAAGAGGCGAGUGCAUGCCUUGAAAAGGCUACAAGUGCAGUAUGCCAACAUAGAGGCUAAGUUCUAUGAGGAAGUCCAUGAGCUAGAGAGGAAGUAUGCUGCCCUCUAUCACCCACUGUAUGAGAAGAGAAGAGAUAUAGUCACAGGAACAGUGGAACCCACAGAUGAAGAGUGCGAAUGGCACAGUGACAGAGAGGAAGAGGAGGAGCUAGCUGAGGACAUAAAGGAAAAAGCUGUUAUUGAGGACUCAAAGAAAGAGGAAGCCACACCACAGGAAGACCCCAAAGGCAUCCCAGAGUUCUGGCUCACCAUAUUCAAGAGUGUGGACAUGCUCAGUGACAUGCUCCAGGAACAUGAUGAACCCAUCCUAAAGCACCUGAAAGAUAUCCAAGUCAAGUUCUCUGAACCAGACCAGCCAAUGAGUUUCACAUUAGAGUUUCACUUUGAGCCUAAUGGCUACUUCAACAACGCAGUCCUCACUAAAGUCUACAAGAUGAAGUCAGAGCCUGAUGCCUCAGAACCCUUUUCAUUCGAGGGUCCCGAGAUUAUUGAUUGUGAAGGCUGUCAGAUAGACUGGCACAAGGGGAAGGAUGUGACAGUCAAAACUUUAAAGAAGAAGCAGAAGCAUAAAGGCCGCGGCACUGUCCGCACCAUCACCAAACAGGUCCCCAACGACUCGUUCUUCAACUUCUUUAAUCCUGUGAAAGUUUCUCCAGACGGGGAAAUGGACGAAGACUCUGAGUUCACCCUAGCAACAGACUUUGAGAUCGGUCACUUCUUCCGCGAGAGAAUAGUUCCCAGAGCAGUGCUGUAUUUCACUGGAGAGGCCCUGGAGGAGGACGAGAGUUUUGAAGAGGAGGAGCUGGAAGAGGGAGAUGAAGAGGAGCAAGAUGAGGAGGGUGACGAUGAUGAUGAUGAGGGAGACUUUGAUCCCAAGGUCAGUAAGACUUAUUGAAGGCAUAAUCAAUCAUUCUCACCCCAUGCAUUUCUAGAAAGAACAGCCCCAGCCUGCCGAAUGCAAACAGCAGUAACCGUGGUGAACAGGAGAGAUGGAGACCUGCUGUCCAUCAAAUCAGUUCUUAGCCAAUCAGCAAGUCCUCCUACUCUUGCAGGCUCCGCCCUUUUAUGAACUUUCAUCUGAACGCAAUAGAACGCACACCAAACUGCGUUUUUACUAUGUGCAUGACUUAUUUUUCUUUUGUCUUGCGCCCAUCUCACCCUUUUUUAUUUGGCUUCAUUCAAACUCAAAAGCAGGAAGUGACAUGACUUGGAUUAAAAUACCAUGGCAUCGCAUAGGGAAGGUGGAGAGGGUUAUGACUGCCAAGAAACUCAGAGCAUCAUCAUUUGAAAAAAGAUAGGAAAGGAACGGAUCCCAACUUUAGUUUUCAUGGAAAUAAAUCAGUUACUCAGGGUUUUUUAAUGCCAACUAGCGACGUGCAAGUUUACCAGGAAACUGCUGAACAAGUUUGACUUAAUCUUUCACUGGGGUUGCUGCAGUGUUUCUCUUUUGUUAAGGUGUUUUUUUUUUAAGAGACAUACAAUGUAUCAUUUUUGAAUUUAAUUUACUUUUUUUAAAUGUUCAUUGUCAUGUCAUUAGACUAUUUAUUCUGGUGUCAUGCAGCUGUAUGAAGUGGUGCAUUUUGGGAACUCUUGAGGUCCAGCCGCAGUAAUAGGCUCAUUCUCAUUGUCCCAAAGCUUACUUGGGGCUUAGCAGGCUAACAAAACAUGAAUACUGCCAAGCCAUGUUUCUUUUUCAUUAUCAAAGUGAAAUAAAAACAUGAAAGAGUUCUGCCCAGCUGUAUUGGGCCAAACAAGCAUUUAAACUGAGCAUUUGAAUAGACGCAUAACUGUGUGACUGACAUGUGGGCUACCACAAAUCUGUCAUAUAGAUUUAUUCCUUGUUUGCCCCGCAGCUCUGAAACGUUGUUUAAUGAGACAAAUAGAAAAAUGAUUAUACUUAAACAUUUGAAAAGAAUUGGGUCUCCUCAAUGGUUGUUCUCAGUCUUUUGGAAUUUCCCAGCCUAAAAUAACAUCCCUCAACCUGCAGAUAUCACCACUGGUAUGUAUCUAGUUCAGAACAAACGUCAUUUGAAGUCAGUGAUGGGGAAAGGGUGCAGGAACUUUGGAAUAAAUGUAAAUUGCCAACAAGCCAAAACGACUAUACAAACCGUCCACUUUUAUGAAAUUGUUUGCCAAUUGUCAUUAACACAGUGUAAUCUUAUUCAGCGUUUAAAGUUGUUAAAGAAUAUAUAAAUAUUUCUGUUAUUGUAUAAUGAUUCAGUAGAAUGUCUGUGGGAAUAAAAAGAAGAGGUUGCCAAUGUAUUUUAUAUACUGCACUUGGAUUUUGGAUGUGUGGUUACUGGUCAGCGACAGCAAUUACAGUGAAAAUCAGUACCUAUCCCUUCUCUCUUUUUAAAAGAACGAUUGUAAACCUUGACAGAUCUCUCAGAGCCACGGUUGACUUCUUCAGAUCUACCACAUUGGACCGUGUGCUAGCAAUGGCCUUAACUGGUUCUUAUUCACAAUUUGUUACUUGCGCAAUAUUUCUUUUUAAUUUGUACAGAGUUAGUUAAAAUAUUCUAUUAAAGUUGUGCGACAUGGA